AUGGCUUGUUGGAAUGGGAAAUGGGCGGAUCAGAAGACCCGGACCCGCAACGAUACCCCUCCGGUGGCUUCCUUUGCCGAGAUCAUGAGUGAAGAAUUGGCUGAAGAUCUCCAAACUGUAAGUUGUCAUGUGUUUGACUUAUUUUGAUUUGUUUUUAGAAGGAUCUGGCUGAAUUUGAUGAACUUCAAGAAGCCUUGGAGGCUAGUUUGAAGGAGUUUGAGGACGAAGAGAUGGACCAAUGUGCUCGUGAUCGUGAGCUAGCGCUUCAACUGAGUGAGGAUCCGGAUUGUUCGGCUGAUAAGAGGAUGGCAUUGGAAUUACAAAGACAGUUUGAUCGGGAAGAUGAGAUCAAUCGACAAUUCGCUGAUAGUCAGGCAUCUGGAAGGACCACUACAGGUGAAUUAUCGAUUACGAAAUAAUGUUUAUUGACUGAUUUGUCUAAUUGGAGCUGUUUAAGCUGGGUUAAUACCUACACGACAUGAUUAUGAGAAGUUUGAGUUGGAUGAGAGCGAUGAGGACAGCUUCGAUGAAGAUGAAUGUCGUGAACUUGCUACUCAAGAUUACUAUGCUUACAAGAAGGAAACCUUCCCACCAUGUGGGUUUGUACGUAAUCAGAAUGGCGAGAUCAUAACCAAGCACAAUAAGGAUGUCAGCGAUCGACGCAACUGUCAACGAUUAUUCCAAGUACGAACUUUAUAUUAUUUUAGGUACCUAUUCUAAAACAUGAUGUUUUUAUGUGGUUUAAAAGUUAUUUUUUAGAGUUCCUCUGAUUUAAAAAGUGGCGAUCUUAUUGGAGAGAGAAUUGCCACCAAAAUUGUUAAUGAAUUGGAAAGAUUUGGCCAAACGGAGUUGAAAAGAAAGGCCAGAGUUAAGGAUAAGGACGAGAAGGCCAUGAGUGAUGCAUCCCUGGAUGCUAAGAGCCGAUUGAUUCUGCUAAAGUGGAUUAAUAAUGGUGAUAUCGACAAGGUGGAAGGAGUUGUAGCCAUGGGAAAGGUACAAUAUCGUCUAGUAUAGUAUAAUUUUACGAUGAUUUAGGAAUCGACUGUUCUUCAUGGUAUUCUGGAUGAACAAGGUACAUCGGAAAGAAGUGAUGUGGAGAAACACUUUGCCAUUAAAGUGUACAAACAAUCGCUGAAUGCUUUCAGAAACCGAGGAGAAUAUGUGAAGAAUGAUUUUAGAUUCAAGAAUCCUCGUAAUGUCCUCAAGAUCUGGGCCACGAAAGAAUACAUGAAUCUGCAACGACUCAAUCGUGCCGAGAUGCCUUGUCCACUUCCAUUUCAUGUCAAGAAGAAUGUUUUGUUAAUGAGUAUGGUCGGAACAAACGGGCCGGCCAAGAAAUUGAGAGAAAUAGAAUGGAUUGACGAUGAGGAGUUGAAUAAUGCUUUCAAUCAAGUCAGAAAGGUGAGACAAUAUACACUUGGACAUUAAAUUGUGUUCAGAUAAUCAUUAGGAUGUUCCGCGAAUGCAAAUUAGUUCAUGGAGAUCUGAGCGAAUUCAACCUCCUCUAUGAUAACAAGACAGUUUAUGUGAUUGAUGUUGCUCAAGCUGUAGAUGUCUCUCAUCCCCGGGCGUUGGAGUUCUUGGGGAGGGAUAUUGAGAACAUUCUGGAAUUCUUUGCCAAAUCUGGAUCCGAGAAUCUGCCGUCUUCCCAAAGUUUGUUUACGGCCGUCACUGACCUCGAGAUGGAUGAAACAAAAAGCCUAAUUCCUCAGGUCGAAGAGUUUGAACAUGAGAACAGGAAUGUGAAUAUGAGGUUGUUCAAGGCCAAUCCUUCGGAUUGCGAACUCUCCAGGAUGUAUUCAGAUCAGAAUUCACAGAAAGAACAGUAAUCUGGAUGUAAAAUGGAUUCAUAUUGUUAUAAAAACCUCUUAUUGUUUGCUAAUGCCAGUAAAAUUAUUUAAUUGUUAUUAUCCAAGACUACCUGAGUUGACCUUUCCGUCUGAUUGCGGAGAUCUGAUCUCUCGGCUUCAAACCUGGACUGACAUUUCAUUUCCUGUGAUCUCCGGGCUUUUCGAAACCUUGGGGUUUGCGUUGUAUUAUAUUAUGUGACAACUUUCAGAUCUCGUCUCCGGAUCGGCCAAAAAAGAAGAGCAAGUGAAGUAGUAAAGCAAAUCCCCUUAAGACUAAUUCAACUGGCCAGAACAGCCGUGAACAGACAGGCCCGUAUAUCGAUUCGAGUGAGUGCGUCCCUCUCCCCCGACCCUUUCCCUUUCCUUCUCGCCCAUGAAGAGAGAAAACAUCCCCCUUUAGAGAUUUCACCCUUUCUCGCCGCAAAGCAGAAAGUGGUGAGCCCUCGGCACGGCACUUUUUCAUCGAUUUUGUUUUAAUUUUAUGGCCCUACUCUCUCGGCUAGACCCUUCCCUGGCCAUCCGUUGAAGUGUUAUUGCGCAACGCUCGGUUUCUCUCCAUUGUUCGGCCGCCACUUCCGGCCGGUCGCGGCUUUGGGUUCUGCAUUGUAAACACGGUUUUCUUGUGUUUUAUUGUAAAAGUAGUCAGGUUGUUGGACUCGUGGCUCUGCCGCAGAGAUAUCCAAAGAAGGGAGAGCAGAUGGGGAUAAUCGGGUCAAAACAGGAAUCCAGGGCUUCUCCAGGAACGUUAGACUCUUUGCAAGGCCUUUGUCUACUCAAAAGCGUGAUUUAUUUUCAAUUAACCCCGUGUCUUUCUGUUUUUUUGGGUUCCAGACCUUCAUCCAGUAUAAUAUCAGCUGCUAAUCUUGUGUUGCCAUUUCAGCAAGCGCGGAGCAAGAAAUCGUUACUCCUCUCUAGGGCUCUGUUGAGCCUGAGGGAAUGGUCGAGUUCUGCGAACUCAUGAAUGCCAACAGUCGCCCCGAUCCCUCCGGGGCCUACCUGGCCCGGCCCCAUCAUUGGCCCCUCAGUGGCCUCGAUGAGCAUAUUGCCGAGUUGGACUUUGGGUCCUCCAUGAUGGAGGAACAGUCCAUGUUCUCGUCUAUCGGACUGGAUGUCGCCCUUAUCUCCACAGACUCCUUGGACAUGGAACAACUUCGGCAACGUUGUGAAACGAAUAAAAAUGAUUACAAGAUCGCUUUCGAGGACUCGGGCCAAUGGACGACGAGUGGAUUUGGGACGGGCGCCUCACCCAGCAAUGGAGCUACGACUGGUCUAGAAGAGUUCUCGUCGGAUGAGAGGACCAGCUGUGGAAACGAUUCUUUGGAAGCACCAAAUGGAAAUCUAACAACCUGGGGACGAAUCAAAAGUGUAGAGCCUUUCGAUGAUCAUACCAAGAGCAUGCCACAGGUGCAAUUAAGAUCUCCAUUACUCUCUUCCAAACGAGGUCGUCCAACAAGUCUGGUGGCCAACUUUAUCGGAAGACAAUCAACUUCAACGAGUAGACGGGAAGAGAGUUCGACCACCAGUGAAGGGAGAUUGGUCGAUGUAAAUGAAAAUGAAGUCGAGUACGAGUCGGCCAGCACUUCUAGAGGCCCGGAAACAAAAGCUCAGGAUCGUUGGACAAAGGCCCAUAAGAGCAGUUCCAGUCCGCCGAAGCGAAGUUUCAUCGAUUUGGAGCCCUCCGAGUCUAACAUCGAUCUCAAAUUUCUGCAUUUACCAUUUAAGGUGAGCUCCUUUGAGUUGUUUUCCUACUGUGUUUAGGUGCUUAGUCAUCAAAAUUGAACAAUCACAAACAAAAUUUAAAUUCGGUUUUUAUGAUGGAAGUAACCUUUGUUCAGAUCUUUAAUCCUUGAUAUUAAUGGUUAAUUUCAGCUUCCCAGUUUCUGUCGGACCUCGACACCUUUGGAUCUUCUACUGAAUGAAGCCAACUCCAAGGAUCGGCCCAGCGUUGCCCGUCUGAAUCAACUUCGAAAAGAACUGGACACGGAGUCGUGGUAUGGUCGCGAGAUGAAGGCUUCGAUCAGUUCCCCGAGUCUGGGCGUCACUCUGGUCGAGCCGGACUCUGGUCUCGGCCGCUCCAAUUCGGGUCCUCUUCACAUCGAAGAUUGGCCUUCGUUGUCACUGCUCUUACCAAAGUAGGUGUUGUAGACAGUUUUUGGCACCGAUUAUUAAUUCUCCAUUUUCUAUCCAUUUUAACUCUGUUUUUUAGAAAUGUUGUGGAGACUUGUUGUUUCUUCAAGAGCAAUAUGAGUCUCUUGGGAGGAAGUCAGCUCAAAAAGAAUGACAAAUCCCCUUGGCUUCAAUCCACCCAAAGCGAGAAGCCAUCCAAACCAGUUCAGACUGCAGCACAGAAGCCGCCGGCCCUGAGUCGAUCAUCCACCACCGUCCUCAAGCACAAUCGUCAUGUAAAACUAAAUGCGGCCGAACUGGCAAACAUCGGAUUGCCAUCUUACGAUGCCAAGAGACGCCUGGUCGAGUGUGCCGUGGAGGGAGUAGCGGGGAUUCUGCGAGGAGAGUCGAGUCAGUUGUUGUUCCGAGGUCUAGAACAACUCAUCGCCGACGGUCUCCUGUCCUCAUAUACCCCUUGGGAUGUUGUUCUUACAGCUACCAAGCCUGGAAAGGCCACUGGUUGGGUUCAUGAUCUGGUUGUAAAGCUUCAGAAGGAUGAGAAAACUCCUCAAUCUCAACUACAGAAAUUCUUGGAAGAACUUUUAAAGUAAGGUUUUACCCAUCAUAAUCGAAUUAAUAUUUAAUUUUUUGUAUUAUCAUUAUUUGUUCAGGUCUCACUCUCUGGAUGGAUGGUUGAGUUACGUAGUGAUGAAAGAAAGGGCCCUAUGCAAUAUGUACUCAGAAGAUGCUUUCCUUCUCCAUGCCUCCACCGCUUAUCGGAGUUUGUUUUGGCGAUUGAUCGAGAGUUUGGAACUUCUUUCGGUCCUCUCCAGAUGCCAGCAAGGUAAUCUUGAGGAGAGUUUCUUCAACCAGUACGAUGCCUCGAGGCUUCCAUCCGACUCCCGGGUACCCAAAAGCUCAUCGGUACCAGCGAGAUUAAGCGUUGUCACUCAAAGUAAGAAUUUAUCUUUUUGUUGGCUUUCUUACUCUAAGUUUUUCAAAAUGUUUGAGUUUUAGAACGAGGCUGGAGUUGCUCUUCUCUGCAACAACGAGAUCUUCCUUGCAGCUACUUGUUGGAUGAUGUGCUCACUCGUCCCGCCUCAAAGAUCCCUGUUGGAUUUUGUAAAUCCAAAGCCGGCGACUCUUCGAAUAGCUCCACUUUUUCCAAAUCCCGCCGUUCCCGGUCCCUGCUCGCCAAAGCCCGUGAAGAUCUUCCGACUAGUCAAUUCUCCCUUCCCCUGAGUAAAGGUGAGCCAGUCCGUGUUCUGGCUGUUCAGGACGGUCUGGCACGCGUAGCCAGACUUGAUUCUCGGGCUGGGCAGAUCUCCCUCGGGACUGUGCCCACCAAAUAUCUUCAGCUUUAA